CGACCAGAGUCGACCAGAAAAUAUGGCGCCAGCCAUGAUAGAUUUCGUUAUCAGUGUCUUAAGUGAUGUGUCAAACGUGACAUGAGUUUUCUUUCAAAUUCCGUAUGAUAGUUUAAUUAAUACAGUUGUACAUUAUCUAGAACGAAAUGGGUAUUUUCUUUGCAAAGAAAAAGCCACCGAGCCGUGUUACCGAACAGGACAAGGCCAUUUUACAACUGAAACAAACUAGGGAUAAAAUCAAGCAAUAUCAACGAAGAAUGGAGCAAAGUCUUGAAAAAGAACGGUUACUCGCAAAAAAACUUAUACAAAAUAAACAAAAAGAACGUGCUUUACUUCUUCUAAGAAAAAAGAAAUUCCAAGAACAAAUAUUAUCAAAGACUGAUGGACAGUUAGAGAACCUUGAGCAUAUGGUACAUGAUUUAGAAUUUGCACAAAUAGAGUUGAAGGUUGUAAAUGGCCUAAAAGUGGGUAAUAUUGCAUUGAAGAAACUACAUGAUUUAUUAUCCAUUGAUGAAAUUGAAAAAGUUAUGGACGAGACUAAGGAAGGAAUUGAAAAACAAAGGGAGAUUAAUGAAAUAUUGUCUGGAGAACUUACAGAGAAUGAUGAGAGUGAAGUUGAAGCAGAGCUUGAUGCUUUGUUAGCGGCAGAAAUUGAAGAAAAGGCACCAGAAAUACCGGAGGAUGUAACAUUACCAGAAGUACCAGAGGAUGUAACAUUACCAGAAGUACCAGAGGAAUUACCAGAAAAGAAAAUAGAGCGUACGAAAGAAAGAACAAAAGAAACUGUUGCUCUGGAAGCAUGAACAGGUGAUAAAUAUUAGUAAAGUUUCUAUUCUAUUGGCACUUUGCGCAGGAGUCUCUGUAUAUAUGUACAGUACAUUAUAUGUAAGGCUCAGCGUGAAUAAUUCUCAUCCAAAGGGUGUAAUUGAAAGAAUGGAAGUUAUGUUUUAUUAACAAAGUCGUUUAAGUGUUAAAGACUGUUAUUAUAAAGUGCGUAUACAUAUAUGGUUUUGAUGUUGUGAAUACAUAAUCCAGGCAAAUGUACAUUACUUUUUCAUAUAUUACAUAUACCAUGUAAGUUUCACAAUAAUUAUAUUUGUACUACCUUACAUGUACAAAUAUCUUUUUAUCUUAUUAUUGGCCUUUCUUAUGUGUAAUUAAAAUAUAAUAAAAAUAUGCAGAAGUUUAAAAUCUUUUAAUAAAUGUGAUCUUAUUUACAACA